AUGCUAAUUUGGAAUUGUUGUAAUGAGAUUCUCCCAGUUGCAAAGAGCUUAAACUCUAAGAUUGAUUGUAUUUCACCAACCUAUUCUCGUUGUUCUGCAACUGAUGAGGAUCACAUCCAUCUUUUUAGGGAUUGUUGGGAGUCGAGUAUUUUGUGGAACUAUAUAUUUGGAAGACUAGCAAAAAAUUAUGGCAUAAACCUUCGUAGUUUUUUGAAUCUCCCUUGGAUUGAUUGGAUUAGUUUCAAUCUCAACCAAUCGGAGAAAUGGAAAGCAAUAUUUUGUAUAGCCAUUUGGCACAUCUGGAAAUCCAGUCAAGCUGUUGUCAAACAAAAAAUGGUUAAACAAUUUUCCGUGUAUAGUGCCUUUUAUGUAGACUAUAUCACCACUAACAAGAUUCUGCAAGGAAAGGAUAAGGGCAAAACGAAGAUAGUUCCAGCAAUUUGGAUUCCUCCAGCUUAUGAUUAUCUAAAUCUCAAUACGGAUGGCAGCUGGAAGGCUCAUAAUGAAGGUGGUGGCAUGGUGGUGGAGUUUUCACAGGUGCAACAAGCAAGUGCAGAACUUUAUGCUAUGAGGGAAGGAUUAAUUAUCCUGGAGAUCGAAGCUGAUGUUGAGGCCUUAUUAACCAUGCUUGGAUCAGUGAAUGGAAUGUAUCAUGAAGAGCUCAAGCCCGUGUUUACCGAUGUCAGCAGCCCUAUGGGCAAGUUCAGGUUUCUUGAUGUCAAGCAUAUUCCUCGUGCUAACAAUAAGGUGGCUCGUGCACUUGCUCAUUAUGCUUCGAAUAUGGCGGUUGGCCAUAAUUUCUUUUUGAAUCCCACUCCUUUCGCCAACAUUGCGUAUCAAGGUGAUCUUCAGAAGUUGGAGGAUGAGGAGAAAAGGAGAUUGCAACAGGGUUCCAGCAGUAGCAUAUCAUUGACUUAG